AUGACACGUACAAAUAAUAAUUCCGAAUAUUCAUCAUCUCGUAGAUCGUCCUCAUCGUCAGCUAGUAUAACACAAUCAUCCUCAACCGAAGCCAAAGAUGUAAUUAGUCAAAAUGAACUUAAAAUUCAAAGGUUAUUACUUGAAUUACAAGAUGAUCUGAAAAAAACAAAAGAGUGCUACACUACUAGCCGUGAUGCGUGGCUUUCUAUUCAACAGCCAAAGUCACCUACGUCCUCAAAUGAAAAUGCAAGUUCUCAAUCACCAAAAAAUAAUCUAAACGAAGCAUUGACUAAUGUUCGAAGUGAAAUAGAGAUGUAUAAAACUGCUCUAGACAAAAUUUCACAAGUUCGGCAAUUACAAAUUGAAAUUGCAAAUGCUUCAAAGCAUCAUAAUGAUGCUACACGCAGUCAUACAACACGACGAGGUUUAGCUGAUCUUCUUUCACACAUGGCGUAUGCUUUAAAAACUUGGUAUGGAAACGAAAAUAGUGAGCACGAUACAAAUAAAAGUGAUGUUUCACCACCUCCGCUUUGUGGUGCCGUACCUGCUGCAUCAAAUCAUGUAUGCCAUGUCGGUGAUCGUAUAGCAGGUUUUGUAGAAAGUGACGAUGGUGAUGAAAAUUGGAUAUUAGCUGAAGUAGCAAAUGUACAUCCGAACAAAACAAAAUAUGAUAUUGUUGAUAUUGAUGCAGAACCCGACAAAGGACAUUAUUAUAAUAUUUAUAAAAGACAUAUUAUACCGUUACCACAAUGGCGUGCGUGUCCAUUAACAUGUCCACAAGCAUUAUUUCUACCACGUACUGUUGUACUCGCCCUCUAUCCUCAGACAUCAUGUUUCUAUAAAGGUGUUGUUGAAAGCAUACCACGAGUGGGUAAAGAUUGCUAUAGUAUCAUAUUUGAAGAUUCAUCUUAUAACAGUGGCUACUCACCCGAGUUUGAUGUACCCCAAAUGUUUGUUGUUGCUUACAAAGAUGUAAAAAAAUAA